UUUGUAUUUCGCAUUUUUUUUUCUUUUUAAAAAGCGACAAUAUACUACAAAGAAUACAUUCCUCUUUUAUUUCCUCUUUCUUUCUUCUGAACAACAUCUUUGAAGAAUCAUGUUCAGUUUUGGUGAAGAUGAAGAUGAUAAUUUCAUUCAUUCUAUUAAGCCGUUACCUGAAAAUGCAAUAGAACGUUCGGCAUUUACAGCAAAGGAAUUUGACCCUGAUGUAUUUCUUACAUCAAGAAGACAUUUGGGACUCGAACGAAUGAAAACUGAACUUAAUGCUCAUUUAAGACGAUUAAAGGCAGAGCUUGUUGAGCUCAUUAAUAGAGAUUAUCAAGAUUUCAUUAAUUUGUCAACUAAUUUAAAGGGUGUAGAUAGAAAUAUUGAAUCUUUAAAAUCCCCACUAGCCAACAUGGAGAUUGAAGUCAAAGAAGUUCGUAAUCAUUUUCAAAAAGUAAUUGAUGACUUGGAAGCACGAUUGGGAUAUCGUUCUCAACUUCGAGACAGAAAGGCCGUUCUUAAAUUAUUACUUAAUAUACAUAGUUCAAUAACAAAAGUAGAGGAUUUGUUGGGUAUAAAUACUGAUAUUAUCAAGACAAAGUUGGACAAUACUGAGAAUGAUAAUAAUUAUCUUGGAAAAGGGAUUGAGAGAGUGGCUAUAGAAUACAACCAAAUGCAGCAUUUAGUGCACAGAGGUAAAGAUCUGGAUUUCGUUAUAGAAAAUGAAUGGAGAAUUACACGUAUUCGAGAUACAAUAGAGGAAAAGUUAUCAAAGGCAUUAUCAGCAGCACUUUCUCAAAUUAGAUUAGGUGAAGUUACAAGAACCACAAAACAAUCCCUGAGUCAAUGUUUAAGGACAUAUGCUAUGAUUGAUCAAACACAAACUGCAGAAGAGAUUAUCAAGGAAGAAUUUGUGAAACCUUUUGCGACAAAGACUAUUACUCAAAGGGCAUUAGAGGAGGGACUUUGUAAUCAUGAUAAUUCUUUAACAGUGAUGUAUAACAAAAUACUAGCAUUUGCAUCAAAUGAUCUUCAGCCUAUUCUAAAUGUCACACAAAAGACCUUGAAGGGUUCAAAUUAUAAUGUCUUGGUGAAUUCAUUAUGGAUAGAGAUUAUUGAAAGGAUCGAUAAAGAAUGCAAAAGUAUAUUUGCUGCUGGUCAAACUGAUAUUUUUUACAAGAAUUAUUCAGCUACAAUAGAAUUUAUAUCAGAAUUAGAAGGACUAUGUUCUUCAAAAAAAUCCUUAUUUUAUUUUCGAAAUCAUGCAAGCUAUCAUGAAUUCAUGAAACGAUGGCAAUUACCAGUCUAUUUUCAACUAAGAUUUCAUGAAAUUGUUAAAGAUAUAGAGGACGUUUUAAAUAAUCCAAAACAAAAUUUAGCUUUGGACAAUACAGAAAAUGUAUCUGAAGAUGAUUUUAUCCUUCCUGAGGGAAAAGCAAUUAUGGAAGCUAUCAAUCAAUGUUGGUCAGAUGGCGUAUUUUUAUAUGGAUUAUCACACAAAUUUUGGAAAUUGACAUUACAAUUGAUUAAAAGGUAUCAAGCAUGGAUUUUAGAUGCAAUCAAAAAGACUGAAGAUUAUAAAGUACAAGAUGAAUAUAUUAGUUAUUUGAUAGCUUUAACACAUGAUAUUGAGACUUUUAUAAAGCAAGUUCAAUUACAAGCAAACAAAUCAAUAUUACCUAAAUUACCUUUAAACUUACAAGACUUGCCUCUUUUAAAAGAGACUAUAGAGGAUGUCUUGAAUCAAUUACAUAAAGCUACUAUGCCUAGUAUCAAUGAAAAAAUUAUAAAUUAUAUUCUUCAACAUUGUUUGGAAACAUUUAAAAACAAAGAGUUUACAGCAGAAGCAUUUAUACCCAAUACAUUUAAGCCUUUACAUUAUGUUAUUAAACAAAACAAGAAUAGUGUAAAGACAGAAUGGAUAAAUUUAGUUGUAAAUGAGAUAAUCAACGAAUAUUCAAAUAGAGUUAAAGAUCAAACAAUAGACAAACAUAAAAUAGCACUGAAUAUUAAAGAAAUAGAAGAUGAGGUAAUAAUGCAAGUUUAAUGUGUGACAAAAAAAAAUAAAAAAUAAACUAAGGCUAUUUUUUUUAUUAUAAUUAUUUAGCUGGAACAAUUAAAGAUAGACAAGAAUACGACUGAUUAUAAUAAAUUGAAACAAUUCAACACAGUAGAAACAUUAUAAUAAAUUGAAACAAUCUAAUAUAGUAGAAUCAUUAUAAUAAUAAUAAUAAAAAAAAACUAUCUAUCUAUAUAAUUUUUUGUAAUACAGGACUAUUCUUCUUUGAAGUCUUCUUUGUAAACCAUAAAUACAUUUCACCA